UUUUACCUUCACGCCCUCCACCAAUAACAUUUCUUGCCAUUGAGAUUCCACGUUUUUCACUUGAACUUUUCGAAGCGUUUCGAAGAUUCGCGACGAGACGUGCCGCCGCGGUUUCGCUCACAAAUUUGACUUCAAAAUUUGUUUACAUCGGUUUUUUCCGGGAGGUUUAAGCAGUCAAAUAGCCCCUGUGGCUAUUUUUUGUUUUGGAGGCGAGGGUUUGAAACCACUUAACGCCAAAUAACAUUCUUACUUUUGCUUUCUUAUUUUGAAAAUGGCUUUUCCAGUGCGUUGUCUCAACAUCGACAUUAGCUUAUGGAGGGCGUUGAGGAGGCGAGAAACGAAAGUACAGAUGGGCUAAACACUCAACCUCCUGACAGCGGACAAGCUAGCUUUGCCCAACCAGGACUAGCUACUUACGCUCAAGGGAGCACUGUUCCAAACGGACAUGGCGUUCAACAAGUGAUCGAGAACAGACCUGAAGUCCAAAACGAAACACAUGUAGGGCUAGGAGAUGAUCGUGGACACCUAUCCAUCUCCAAUGUACCAGGUGGCGUUCAAGUCGCAGUUGUACCGGCUUCAGAUGAUGUGGGAGUCGUAGAUGGAAGUUUGACAAACACCUCGGCCGUAGAUCGAGGAGAUGAAGCAACACAUACCGUUGUAACAGCAAUGCCCGCUGAUUAUGGGUUACCAGGGCCUCUACCGACUCAAUUUGUCAUUCAGCACGAAGACCACGAGGGUAAGAAAACAAAAAUUAUAUUUGUUUGCAGUAUUUUACAAGCUAAUUACCUCUCGUGAUGCAUUUAGAGUUAACUUAAUUACGAGGUCUGGAAAGGUGUUGAUUUUAGCGGCCUUUUUAAUGGUAUCUUGUCAAUUUCGUGUUCUUGUUUAUAUUCAAUUUCCGUUGAAGAAAUCCUUGAAAACUUUAUGCUUUACAAAACAGAUAUUUCGCAUUCGACCAUGUUCUGUCAGUUAAAGAACUAGAUACACUUUUAUCGUGUCAUUAUCUAGAGUUUAACCAAAUAUUAACGGAACUUAUUGGGAUAGUUACCUCGAUGUGAAAAUAUCUCUUGUGGAAAGAUUCUGUGUCAAUAUUCUGCCGCCAAAUUUGCAAGAAAUAUCACCUCAUAGAAAAUUUAUCUCUAGUUUAAUUCAAUUUCACAAUCACAAAGCUCACAACAAUAGAGAACUUGAAAAAAUUUGAAGACUUGGCAAACUUUCUCCCAUGGUUAAGUUUUUGGUUUGAAAGAAGUACCUCGUAGCUGAAUUGCUAAAUCAAUUCUAAAUCUACCUGGCUGUUUAAGAAAAUUGUAUUCUUGCUUUCUCAGCUUUAAAUUCCUAAUUUUUGACAGACUGAUAUUUAUUGUACAAAAUGAUGGAUUUGUAGAGUGAAUGUUUUUAAUAUGGCUGUGCUGCCAAUUCUUCAGCCUCCAUGGGAUUCUUGGAAAUAAUUAAAUUUCACUGUGAAAAUAUUGAAAUAAAAAUGUUAUUUAUAUCCUUUCUAAAUUUCUGUUACCUUAUCUGAACUCAGGUAAGACUGUUAAGUAAAUUUUACAGGCAACAAGUGCCACUAUUUGCUGUUGAAUAAUGAACUAGAAAUCUGAAACCUUACAGUACCCUGCCUAGAAAUAGGAAUAGGGGUUUUGAAGAACAACAGCAGGUGCAAAAUUAGAUAAAAUAGGAAAUGUUAUCAAUUCUUCAGACAUAAAUGGUUUUAGGCCUGGGGUUUUCAUGUAAACAAGUGUCAUAUUUUGUUAACAUUUGCUCCUUUCCCUCCCCACCCUGCAAAAAUAGUGCUCUUUUAAAAUUGUGACUUGGUUACAAUCAGUAAACCAAAAAUUUUCCCAAAAUCUUAUCAGACAGAGACUUGAUCACCUUAAUUGCAUUGGGUUCAUAAAGAAAUGUGCAAAUUAAUUGAUCCUAGUCUUUAAAUCCUAAGUCUAAUUAAUAAUUUUCUCCUCCAGCUGCUACACAUUUCCCUGUAAAUGUGGCAUGAGAAUUAAGUUUUAGAUCAUGAUAAACACUUCUACCUGAUGAGUUUCAUUAUUCUUAUUACCUGUUUGUUGUAAAAUGUAUAGAUUUAUGGGGAGUAGUUAUAUGUUUAUCAGCUAAAGGGUUAAGGAUGACUGGAUAUAAUUGAGUGACACUGAUUUCAAAUAAGCAAGUUGAAAAAUUUAACAUGUCUAUAGUGUGGCAUCGUAACUGGGAUCUUCAUGGAAAGAUCAACCAAUGUAACAAAGUGUUUGACUUGAAGCAAGUUUUAAUAUAGUGCAUACAUUUAAUUGGUUGUUUCUAAGGUUGAUGUCUGUCUGGCAAUUGGAAACUACCCUGACUCCUUCCUUAUAAAUACAAGUUGCAGUAGAAAUGAUUCUGGUUUUUUUUUCCUUUUUAUUUCGGAAGUCUCCUCUACAGAUAUUAAAAUAGACUUGUACUUUUAUAAUUAACAAUUCUAGUGUGCCAGUAAUUUUGCUUCUAAAACAGUCUUAAUUUCUCAAACUUUUAGUUUUACAAAAUUCCCAAUGUUUUGUAUAAAAAAUGGCUUUCUUCCUCAGUGAACAAUGUAAGCUCACUCCUAAUUUUUAAAUCUUGCAAUAAUCUAAACUAAUUUCUUUUACCCAAGGAAUUUUUUUUUUCAUGUUUGGAUGCAGUUCAGUUGACAUGUGCUUUAUGAAGUUUUCAUUUCCCUUUUAUUUUGUCUGACAGUGUGUUGCUGGCAGGAAUAUUAAAGGAUUUGAAAUAUUUGUUUUUGAAUAUAUCUUGUUUCCUGCAUGGAAAGCUUUUUUUCCUAGAUUAUUUUGCUAUAAAUAUUUAAUUCCAUCUGCAGUUAUGGUGCAUUGUGUUCUUAUAAAAAUUUGAUGAUUGUCUCUGUAAAGCAUUUUCUUUCUUUUUCAGAAUAAAUUAAAUAAAUAUUUGUUAAUUUUCGUUACUGUACUCUCUUACUGUGAUAUUCUAUUUGUGUAAAACUAUUUAAAAGCUUUAUAACCAAAUAUAAAUGUUAAAAAUCCAGAAGAAACUACAGUCAAAGUAAGCAUAUACUUGUUUAGUUUAUGUUAGAGCUUUGUGCCUAAAAUUAUCACAUUUGUUUCCCACUGUGGUAUGAAUUAUAUAUUACAUACAAAAUACAAUAAAUCAGUGUAAGGAAUAGGGCAUUCCAUCAGAACUGGCCAAUAAGGUCUUGCGAUAAAAGUACUAAUUUGUUUUCAUCAGAUAAACUUUCUUGAUACAAUUUCUCAAAGGCCUAAUUGAGUAAUUAGGCUCCCUUGAUUAAAUUUUCAAGGCUGAAAAGGAUAGUAAACGUAUUUGGAAAUCCCCAGAAUCAUGAAUAUGAACAUGGGGUAUAGUGGCGGUUAUCCGAUGAUGCCGUUUGAUCCAAAUUUUCCACCACCUUUUAACCCUUUUGCAUUUCCAAAAGGUUAGUGUUCCGUCUGUUUUUUCAGCAUUUUGUGCUGUGCCUUGUUUGGCACAUUGUAGGAGUUUUUUUCAGCAAGGUGAAUUGAGACAUUCCUCAUUGGCUGUCGCUUUUGAUGAAUUUGUCCUGGUUCACCAAUAAUUCAAAGAACUUUCCACAUACUUCCAAUCAUCUUCUAAUGGAGUUUAUGUUCUAAAGGGUUAUUCUGUGAAAUAAGAAAAUUUUCUUCCUGUCCAAUAGUGAUGGCAAAUCUUUGAUGCUUCCCAAUCAGUUUUGAGAGCAGCUUUGUGGUGUUCAUUGUGUGUGCAAUCUUGUCAGUAAAACUGGCUCUGAUUUGAAGAAAAAUUCAUCUUUGGUUUUCCUAGAUUAUCUUCCUGUUAUGAAUUGGUAUUGUUGGUUUUGCUUUUGGGAACAAAUUACAAGAAUUUUCAAGCAUAUCCAGAGACUCCAUAGUGCAUUUUUUUCAUUUAACUUUAACCACAAGUAAAAUUAUUUAUGGCUUACCCACAUGUAAUUUUCACAAUUGAUUUUGUCAAGAUUUUCUUACAAUAUUUGCAAAAUGAUGCAAAGGGUGAAAUCUAUGAAGUUCAGUUUUGAACUGUGAGGAGUAAAACUCGAUCUUCAGAGCAACAAAAGAAUUCCUUGAUUUUCUUGAAUAUUGGGACAACAUCAUUCCAUGUAUUCCUGGUCCAUCUGUUUAAAGGAAAGAGGAUUUACUUAAUCACAAAUUUUGAUUAAUUGUAGGAAAUGUACUUAGAAAAAUGUGUUUUUUCGUUUCAUCAUGAGCGUGGGACAAAGAAGAAAUCUGAGUGCCCUUGAGGAACCUCAGACCUUUGCAUUCCACACUCUAAUGCUCUACCACUGAGCCGCAGAUACUCUAUAGUGAGCAAUCACCAUUACAUAGUUCAUAUACGACACCCGUCCUGUAUAAACUGCUAGGAUUAGUGAUGUCAAUAGCAUUAUGUUUUGUAAAUAAUAUUUACAAAAUAUAAUAUAUAAAUUAUGAUAUAUAAAAAUAUGAUAGAAUAUGGAGACUUGGAACUUUUUCUUUGCCCAGGCUUGUGAUCAGACGUGAAAGCAUCUUUUUCUAUUUCUUUACUGAGCUCAAAACUUACCAUUUUUCUUAUUCUGCAUGAAAUGUGUUGUUAAAAACUGAAUGUGCUCAGGUGUAUAGUAUAUAAAAGCUUUGUUUGAAAUGCCACACUGUAGGGUUUUAUUCAAAAUUCUAACCAUAUUGAUGAAAAUGAAUUACAAGAUAAUUAUUAGUAUAAAAGUGCGAAACUUGUUGUCCUUUGCACCUUUGGGUCUUGUGAGUCCACAACAUUUUGACCACUGUGAUGAAGAAUAUUGUUGUCAACAAGAAUACAGAUCACUAAACCACUGUCUGUUGUAUUUUAUUACAGUAUUGAUUUUAUUACAGUAUUGAUUUCAAAUAAAAUGAUUCUUUCAGUGCGUGAGCAAUGAAUGACAGGUUGAUGCAAGCAGCAUUGUCUGUAUUUGGAUUGUGACAUUACUGCCAGUUGUAGUAAAAAAAAAAAAAAAAAAUUAAAUCAAAAUAAUUGUUAGUACAUCAAGUUUACAAUGCUAAAGUAUGUUGUCCUUUGCACCUUAACAGGAGCAGAAGACACUGGGGUUCAUGAUGUGGAUGGUGACGAGAAGGAGCGUGAUGACAUUCUUAGAGAGCAGGUAAUUUGUUAAGAGAUAUUUGCUAGCUCUCCGGUGGUCAAUGCACAGAUCUGGUCCAAGGGUCUGGGUUUAUGCCAUGGCGGGGGCAUUGUGUUGUUUACUUGGGAAAGACCCUUUGCCUCUCUCCGCUUUAGAGUUUUCACAAAGUCAUGGAUUUAUCUAUUUAUUUACCAGUAUUAGCAAUAUUUAUGCAGGCUGGCCCAGUUUCUAAAGCUUCAAGCUGAUUUGAAUGAGGGCCUGCUUAAGACAUAUUACUUAACCCUUUAACUUUCAUGAGUGACUAUGACAGAAUUUCUCCUUACAAUAUCAAUACAAUAUCAACCAGAUAAGUGAUGAGAAUACAGAAAAAUAUCAAUUUGGAGAUAAUUAGUUGAUCCAAUACUAAGUUCUCUGAACUAACAUUAUAAGAAUUGUAUUGUUGACAGUAAGGAGAAUUACAAAUUUGAUCUGGGAGUUAAAGGGUUAAAACAACAUGUAUUUAGAAAUAUAAGAUACAAAAGGAGCCCACAACACAAAUUACAAUCUACACAUAAGAUAUACAAUUUAUGUUACAUAUACAGAGUACAUUGCAUCAGUUACUAAAUGAAGUUUGAGAAGUUUCUUAAAAUUGGGUGGUGAAGUUGUUUAUUAGUUUUACUAAUCAGAGUAUUCCACGCCUAUGCACCUUUGUAGCAAAAAAAAAAAGGAACCUUAAAAUUUUGAUGUUUUAGCCAGGGUAAUCAUAUAAGGUCUCUAUGUCUGGUAUUGUUGGCAUGAUAUUGGCUGGAGCUAAAUUCAUUCAAAAGAUAGGCAGGUGCAAGACUGUGUAGGCAUUUCCCUGGUGAAAAUCUUUCAAGGAUCUUUAAGGAUCUUACAAGAUCUUCAUGAGGACCUUUGAGGAUCCUCUUGAGGAUCUUCAUGAGGAUCUUCAAAAUUCUUGUUAAGAUCUUCAAAAUUCUUGUUAAGAUCUUCAAGGAUCCUUCAUUUUCUUGCCAAGAUCUUCAAGGAUCUUUGAUUUUCUUGCCAAGAUCUUCAAGGAUCUUUGAUUUUCUUGCCAAGAUCCUCAAGGAUCUUUCAUUUUCUUGCCAAGAUCUUCAAGGAUCUUUGAUUUUCUUGCCAAGAUCUUUGAGGAUCUUUGACUUUCUUGACAAGAUCUUUAAGGAUCUUUCAUUUUCCUGUCAAGAUCCUUGAAGAUCUUUACAUGAACUUUGAAGAUCCUUUAAAGAUCUUUGAAAAUUCUUUGAGGAUCUUCCAAAUUCUUGUUAAGAUCUUUGAGGGUCUCUCAUUUUCUUGACAAGAUCUUCAAGGAUCUUUUUGAAAAUUUUGAAGAUCCUUAAAGAUCUUGGAAAGAAAAUAAAAGACCCUUAAAGAUCUUGGCAAUAAAUUGAAAGAUCUUUGAAGAUCUUGGCAUAAAAAAGAAAGAUCCUUGAAGAUUUUGACAGCCAAAUUAAAGAUCUUUGCAAGAGAUUUGAAGAUCCUUAAAGAUCUUGACAAGAAUGUCAGUGAACCUUGAAGAUCCUGGCAAGGAAAUGGAAGAUCGUUGAAGAUCUUAGCAAGAAUGUUAUAGAACCUUCGAAAUUUUGACAAGAAAAUAAGCAUACUUAAAUCCUCAGACUAAGUUAAAAAGAAAAAUUGAACCAAACAUAAAAAAAUGAAGAUAAAACUUUUUUUAUUGCUAAACGAGAAUUACCCAUCCUCUUCUAGUAGGACUACUUCUACACUAUUUCUGUUCAGACUUUAGGUUAGUACUAAGAUUUUCAUUUUCCAAAAAAUCUGGCAACAGUCCAGCUCAAAGAUAAGAAGACCAAAAUAUAUGUGUUAAACUUGUCUAGGACUAGACUAUGACCAGACUCAGACUACUCUUACAGAGGGGGUAAACAUGAAAAAAAGGCAAACAAGAGUACUUCAAUGACUAUAUUUCUGAACUAUAUUAACCUAUAUACCAAAGGAAAGCUUAGGAAUCACACAUACUGAAUAUAACUAAUAUGUUGCCCUAAACUAAUUUGUUAUUUGACAUCAGAUCAAUUUGUCCACCACAUGGUGUAAAAAACCUAGGUAAACUUGAGAAAAGAUAACUGCACAAAGAUUGCAUGAAAUCAAGUGUUUUUAGUGUCAAAACAAAGUACUAGGGUCGUUCUUUUGGAUGAGCUGAGCUGAACUUUUGGAGUCGUUUAUAUUAUGGGCACAAUGCCCGUUCAAAGUUCACCGAGAUUAUUAGGUGAGUUAUUCCACAACAUCUUACUUAAAAUUCAGCUUAUAGAGAAACUGUCAGCUUAUCCAACUCAACUCAGUAAGAGGAUACAGCCCUGAAAACUUCAGAUUAAUUGAACUAAUACAUCCUGAGGUACAAAAUAAUUGUUUUCGGGAAUUCAUAUGACAACCACUAAAAGAGCUUUUUAAGUUGGUUACACAGAACCAAGUAAAUUCACACCUUCUUCAGAAACAUGUCCUUCAGUGAGCGUCGAGGAGAAUCUCUCUAGAUCGAUAAGCCUGUAUCCUUGUCCCUGUAACACAUCAUUUGCAUCCUCACUCUCCAAGAGCUCAGAGUAAGAAUCAUUAGGCGAGGAUGGCAUCUUCAUUUUCUUUCCAGAAGUACCAAUGAAUUCUUUUCAUUCAGCCCCAGAGUCAGAGCAAUCGCGAGACCUGCUUGGAGUUUGAUUGACGAUUUCGGUUGUUUCUGUCUCUCUUUUCGCUUGUUUCUGAACUCCAGAAAACGCCUUUCCUUUACCUUUAUUUCUGUGUAAAUUUUCCCUUUAGUUCCGACCAUUGUCGAUGAUAUUUGCCGUAAAAACGAGCUUCUUAUGUUUUUAUGCGACCGUUAAAAAUCUCGGCGCGUAUAAAUUCCUAUCCCAUAAUGCAAAACCCUAUUUGUUGUCAUGUAAGUAGUCACAAAGUUUCCCGAAAGCCUCGAGCAUGGCGUUGCUAUGCGGUAACCUUCAUUACACUCAUUGCACAAUAAUUUUCUGCGAAAAUUCCUUGUUGUGUUUAAAUGAUAAAACAGAGAGCCCUUAAUUUACAAUUUUUUUAUGUUUGAAAUUACUUGAGGAUUUCAAAGGAACCUAAUUCAUAAUGCAGAGAUGUGGUAGAGAUCUUGACAAAGUUGCCUUUGAGAUCCACAUCAAAUUCAAAAAGGAUCCUUACAAAGAGCUGUACAAAAUCAUGAAAUGAAUCUUUUAAAGAUAUUUGGAAGAUCCUUUUCAAUUCCUUGAGGAUCUUAAAGGAUUGUAGAACAGAUCAUGCAAAGAUCUUGACUAGGAUCCUUGUAACUCCUAAUCAAAUUCUUAAGGAUCUUAGCAAAGAUCUUAGCAGGAUCCCUAAAAGGUUCUUUUGAAGGUCUUUAAAAGAUCCUCAUUAAAUCCUUGAGGAUCCUGAAGGAUCCUUGAAAAGAUCCUGCAAAGAUCUUGACUUAAGGAUCCUUGUAAGAUCCUGAUCAAAUUCCUAAGGAUCCUGGCAAAGAUCUUUACAGGAUCCUUGAAAGGAUCUUUUGUAGGUCUUUAAAAGAUCCUCAUUAAAUCCUUGAGGAUCUUAAAGGAUCCUUGAAAAGAUCUUGCAAAGAUCUUGAGUAGGAUCCUUGUAAGAUCCUGAUCAAAUCCUUAAGGAUCCUUGCAAAGAUCUUAAUAGGAUCCUUGAAAGGAUCUUUGGAAGGUCUUUAAAAGAUCCUCAUUAAAUCCUUGAGGAUCUUGAAAGAUCCUCAAAAAGAUCCUGCAAAGAUCUUGACUAGGAUCCUUGCAAGAUCCUGAUUAAAUCCUUAAGGAUCCUUACAAAGAUCUUGAAAGGAUCCUUGAAAGGAUCUUUUGAGGGUCUUUGAAAGAUCCUUGCUAAAUCCUUGAGGAUCUUGAAGGAUCCUUGAAAAGAACUUUGCGAGGAUCCUUAUGAGGAUCUUUGUAAUAUCCUUUGAGGAUCUUUAUCAAAUCCUUGAGGAUCUUAACAAAUGUUUUUGCUUACAAAGAUCUUUGAGGAUCUUUUACAGAUCCUUUAAAGAUCUUUUAAAGAUCCUUGUCCUUAAGGAUCUUUGGCAGGUCUUUGUCAAUCCUUGAAGAUCCUCAAAGAUCCUGUGAGGUUUUUCACCAGGGUUAAACACUUGAAGGCAAGUUUGAUGUAUCCUUGUGAUUUUCUAACAAAGGGGAGUUAAAAGUACUGCUGGUAUUUUCUACUUUAUGCCCUUUGAUGAUAUGAGCUGCUCACAGUUGCAAUUUGUCCAAUACUGGUAAACUGUUUGGGAACUUGAGAGAAUGUCAGUGUUAGCUGUGCUGAGGGCUGGAAAACUACCCAACAAUACACAGUAAUCUUAGUGGCUUCUUGAUUUUUAAACAGGGAUACAAAUGUACACGCUCUACUUAUACAAGCCACUAUGCUUGUAAAUACUGUCAACUUUUUCCUUCAUUAUCUUCUUAUUGUGAGUCAUAAAGAGCACACUCCUGAUGACUUCUCUUGUUUCAACACAACUUAGUUCAAAUUGGUAUUUAUGAUUGUCGAGAGGGCCACCCCUUCCUAAGGAGGUCAUGGCCCCUCCUGUGAAAUUUUGAAGGUGUUGACUCAGCAAGACUUUUAUAGAACUAUAUACAUAUGUAUGUUAGGGGUUAAAAGACAUUAAUAUAAAGGCUGCAAGCAGGUUUCAUGCACAUUACAAGCAGGUAGAUUGAUCUACUUGCUUGCUACAGUCUAGCUGCUAUUGACAUCCUAGUUGCUUGUUGCUUGUUGCUUGCUAAACAGCCAAUGUGCAUGUAAAUGUACUGCUGUACUACUGAUUUUGUAUCUCCAAAGUGUGAUCUGAUUUAUCCUUUUGUAUUCAAUGUUUUAGUUUCUGUGUGAAUUGUGGGUUCUAAGAGUGGAAAGGGGGGUCUGGCUGGUCUUAACUUAAAUUUAUCAUGGAAUAGUCUGCAGUUAUAUAUUAUUUAUUAUUAUUUUUUAAUCCUUUUCAGGAUCGGUUUCUACCAAUUGCAAAUGUGGCCAGAAUAAUGAAGAAGUCCAUUCCCAAGACAGGGAAGGUAUGGAUAUAUAAUUAAACCUUCAAUGUGAUAACAAACACAAUUGGGCAUCCUUCAACCUGUUACACCCUUACAUCAAUAUCCAUAUUCUCCUCACUUUGCUUGUUACAUGGUUAAUGGUGUUGACAAGGAGAAUUUGUUUUAAAACCCUUUACACUUAAAUAUCAGUAUACAUAUUCUCCUUAUUGUUCUCUAUACAUUUCAUAAGGUGCUGACAAGGAGAAUUUGUCUAACAGUCAAUAGUUUCUUUAGUUGGUGAUCAUUUGGUUUGUCAUCAUGAGCUGAAUGUUUGAUUCAGGGGUGAUAUUGUAAAAAGAAAUUAUUAGAUGCUAAUUGUGCACUUUUAGGGGUUAAUAAUGGUAUUAGGACCAAGUGGAGUCCAAUUUGGUCUGUGAUGUAUGAGUGAUGAACAAAAUUGGAUGACCACAAAGUGGGAGGAUGAUUUGUUAAUCACAAGUAUGAUUACUGGUAGAAUCGGAUGACACAAAGUCAUGUUACGAAUUAAUCAUAACCAUUACAAUUUCUGAAGACAACAAAUACUUAUAGGACAAAUAUCUCCGUAAGAGAAAAUGUCUGAAGUAAAAAAUUCUCUAAUUUUGGAAAUUUCACAGCUUUUUUUUCUUUUUUUUUUUUUUUUUUUUGAUAAGUGGUUGUUGCUAUGGUUAUUGAGAACAAUUCUGUGAUUGGUGGAUUUGGUUUAAAGGACUAAGUAUGAUUGACUGCUUCAACUGUCUGAUUACUCUUCUGAUUACACUCUGCAGAGUGAUGAAAGUGAAAAAAUAAAGCAGCUAAUGUACUGAUCACUUUUGAGGAAAUUAUAAUGUUAUGAUCAAUGGGGUUAAUAGACAAAAGCUAAGGAAACUAGGAUAUGUUCUUGCAGUGUUGGCCCCAGAUAGUCCAGGGUUCUUUUAAAUCUUGUACAUUUUGACUUUGUACAUUUAUUUGUUCAUUCCAGAUUGCUAAGGAUGCCAAAGAAUGCGUUCAAGAAUGUGUGUCAGAAUUUAUAAGCUUCAUAACCAGCGAGUAUCCUUGCUAGCAUGAAAAUAAACAUAUUUUGGUAAUCGAUCUUGAAAUUGAAUCAUUAUUUAAUUGUGUGGUACAUUUGUCAAGACUCUAAUGAUGAGGCUGAUGAUAACCUCCACUCAGUUUGUCUAAACUUUGGUCACUUCCAACCACAAUCCCUCUGAGGAACUCUCUUACAUGGAUAAUCAGACCAGGUUUACCUGAUCAACUAUUAGUUCUAGGUUAAAAUCAUUUAUUGAAAUUUUUUUAAAGUAACUAUAAGGUAGUUAGAGAAGAUAAGUGUGGAGCAUAAUUCCUCAAUAUGUCAGCGUGGAAUGUUUUAUGCCCUAAUUCAUGUCUCUAUUUUGUUCACUGGGGUUCUAGUUUUUCAGUUUUAUUUGUUUGCUGGAAGAACUUUUUCCCCUCCACAAAUACUAUAGUACUCUGUGAAUGUUGACAUAUGAUAAAAAUCAAACUGACCUUAACUGAAGCACAGGGCAAGUGAACGAUGCCAUCAAGAAAAACGCAAGACAAUCAAUGGAGAAGAUAUUUUGUUUGCCAUGCAAACUUUAGGAUUUGAUAAUUAUGUGGAACCUUUGAAGCUCUAUUUACAGAAGUACAGAGAAGUGAGUCGUACUUUUUUACGUUUUGUAUGUUGUACAUGGCAGUUAUCUAUAAUAUCAACUGAUGACUUGAUAAUGUAGAUUGGCCACAGUAAAGAGUUGGUAAAGCCUUAGAAACACUUUACUGUGGCCAAUUCAUAUUGUGCUUACUCCUUCACUGAUGCUGCACCACAGUUUCUUUAGGAACUUACUCCCUUAAGUUCUUCAUACAGUUGAGUACAGAUACUGUAACUUGGUUCCCAAGCUCAUUAAGCCUAUUUAUUGUAGGUUUUCUUGCAACGUUACCCUUGAUAAACCGAACCCUGGUGUCUCCAAUCUCCUUCCAACUUAAGACAGUGUUUGUUGUCUGUCAGGUCAUUUUCUAUGUAAUUUUUUCCUUGACAUCUCAAACCCAGUAGAGAUGUUCAUGGAAGGUCAAAACAAAUGGAUUGUAGGUCAGUGUUGUGCAUGACUUCACAAGUGACAGCUUUGCUGCUGAGCAAUUGCCAGCCCAAAAAGAAAGAAAAAUAGGUGAUCUCCACUUUUUCAUCUGGCAAAUUUUCCAGUAGUUAUAGCACUGAUAGCCACAACACUAGGUUUUGUACCAAAAUGUUUAGCUUUGGGGCAGUGAUUGUAACUCUGUUCUUUGCUUUGCUAAUUCCAUGUACACUUCUUGCAGUCGAUCAAAGGGGAGAAGUCAGCUAUUGGGACUGAUGUAAGAGAAGGAGAGGUGGAUGAAGAGGAACAUGCUGUGCAUCAAUUUCAAGUGGCAGGUGAGAAAGUGAUAAAAAUUUCAAUUCUCCUCUUAAUUUAAACUCUUAUUCAACAGAAGGGUGAUGAGAAUACACACAUGUAUAAAGAAGAGAAUGUUACUUUGAUGUAAAACCAAAUUUUCCACUAAUUUACAAGAAAAUGGAUAGAAGUUGUUAGGGAGUAUUACAGUUUGGAUCAAAGGUGUAAAUGGGUCAACAUUUGUAACUGAGUAACAAAUCUCAAAGACACUGGUGGUAAUUAACUGACAUGAACAUUGCCUUUUUUUGAUGUGAUUUUUUUUUAGGUACUCACCUCCAUCCUUCAAUGAUUGGAGCAGACCAAACUCCAACGACAAUUUACAGCUCUCCUCAAUAUCAGACAACGGUAAGAUGGACAAAUUUUAUCUCUGAGCAUUCAUUUUUUCCUGUCAAAAAAAAAAAUGAAUUGCAACAUCUGCAAUGUCGGUUAAGUAAAAAAUAAUUGUCUUAAAAUAGAGAGACAAACAAACAAGCAAAAAACCUUUGAAAAAGCAAGUUGAUACAGCAUCUGCUACCAUGAUAGGAUUAUUAUCUUUACAAAAGGAACUUAAGAUAUGAAUUGGAUGCUCAGUGCAUUCUGUGAAAAACAGAUGAACGUGCACAACAUGUAACAUAAGUCUUGGUUAUAUGGUGCCACUCAAGAUUGAUGCAAUGCAAUGGUCUGUUUUAACAAAGCUAAAUCAAUUAAUCAGCAUAAUUUGUUUAGGUUGAAGUGAUUUAUUCAAUUUAAAUAUUUGUUUGGUUUUUGUUUUCAGAUGCAACAGCCUUUGCAUUUUCCAUGAUUUGAACACCCCAGACAGCGUUUGACUUGCCCACUACAAAUGGAUAUAACAUAAGAUAAGAUGUACAUAGUGCAGCCUCCAAGACAUAGUUGAAAAUGUUUGUUAUCCCCUCCCAUUCUGUAUCUAAAGAGAGAUUUUUUUUUUAUACUUGUUUGCUUCAUUUAAGACCAGCUUGUUUGUCAGACUGCAAUCCAGCCAGCCUCCAACUGAUAUUCAAAUGGGUUUAAUCUUUGUUAGUCUGGUUUGAGGGUGUACAGGGGGAACUUUUGCACAAUUAAGGUCCCAUCAGUAUGACGUUGACAAAUCAGGCUGACUCAGUCUAUGAAAUCUCAUUUUGCCAGUAUUCCUUUACCAAGAGGGUAGCAAAGGGGGAAUCCUGAUUCCAGUUUCAAACUCAGAUUUUUCACACCUCAUAAAUCACCUCAUGUACAUAAAUUGGAAAACUUCAAAUCUCUCUCCUUGUGUGUGAGGUUUCAGAAAAAAUCUUGAGGUUUUCACCAAAUGAACAAAAAGUUCACAGGUUGCUUACAUUUCAGGAGGAAAAUUACGCCUCAUGCUGGAUCAUUAAUCCACAAAUCAUGUUGAUCUUCUUUUGUAAAAUUCAUACUUCGCAUUAAUUUUGGCCUUAUCACAUUUCGCUUAUAAACCCUUUGGCACCCUCUACUAAAAUCUCUAAGUUUUUGUGGGAAGGUUUGUUAUCCUCAAGCUUUGUUUUUCAGUCUGUGACCUUGUAAACUAGUCUAAAAUUCCCCUGUGGAACACAUAACAAAAUUUUUCAUCCUAACACAGUCUCUAUGGUUACUGGGCUUAAUUAAAGAGAGCAAAAGAGGUGAAUGUUGCAAAGAGGUUUAACAAGAGCUUGGCUCUCACAUCUCUCGGUAUGUAAGGGAAAAAUAUGUAGUCGUCCAAGAAUCAGAUUCUUGGACGACUAAAUUCUGUCAACAAGGGUUCUGUCACUUUGGGUGUUUGCUGGUCAUUAACUGUCGCAACUAUCACACUUUGCAAUGAACAAAACAGGGCAUGUAUGUUCAGGCAGUUUCAUGCUGUUAUGGUGUGAAUUGUAGCAUACAACCAAAUCAUUGCUGGUUCUAUAUUUUGAAACACAUUCAAAUUAUUAUGGUAAGUCUAGCCUCGUGUAUGAAGGUGCAAAUUCUCCUUACUCGUAUUUACACAUUGUCAAGCAAAGAUGUGGUGAGAAUGGAGAUUGCUGUUAACUAAAGGAGGGUUUGUUAUAUCAUUCCGUUACCACUUUUACUCCCAAGAUCUUAAAAGUGAUUCUCCUUACUGUCUGCUAUAAAAUUCGUUUGAAAUUAGUGUGGAGAGUUUGGUAUUGGAUCAAGUAAUAGUCCCCUAAUUGGCAUUUUUUUUCUUUUUCUCAUCAAUUUUCUGCUUGUCAUUGUAUUGAUCUUGUAAGUAGAAAUUCUGUUUGUCACUCGUGGGAGUUAAACGGUUAGGUGACGUGGAAUUUGUUUGAGUGGCAGAUACUUCGAUGAAAUAAUAGUGAGAUCCUAGGGGGAAAAAAUUGCUCAUCGCAUCAGUCCCUCAAAGCAUUAUGUAAAUAAUUAUCAUGAUAUAAAUAAAACCUUAACAAAAAGAAAGAGAAAGAUAUGUAAGGAGUGUAUUUAUCUUUCAG